ACAGACCACAGCUCUCUCUUCUCUCACUGCCGAGAAGGGCUGAAAUUCGUACCACUUCCAGCUUUUACUGAUGCAUACUUAUAAAGACCUCUUUAAUGUACUGAAAACCUUUAACUUUGUGGAUAAUGUAAUGUGCAACAUAAUUAAUUCACCAGUCUCUUUCUAAAGAUGUAAAGAAGAAGCAGGAGCUUUAUUUGUUUGCUGUACCCCUCUGCCUACUCCAAAAAGAGAAAGAUUAAGACAGAGGAAGUGUAUAAUAAUGAAUGAAAUGCAGAUCACCUCCUGGAAUAGUACUGGAGACAUGUUCAAUAAAACAUGGAGUAUGAGAAAUGAAUAUCAUCUUAUUAAUACUGCAGAAACUGUUAUUCUCCCCUCUUUCAUUGGAAUAAUCUGCUCCACUGGAUUAGUUGGAAAUAUCCUAGUAUUGGUCACUAUUAUAAGAUCUAGAAGAAAAACUAUACCUGACAUCUACAUCUGCAAUCUGGCAGUGGCAGAUCUUGUUCACAUUAUUGGAAUGCCAUUUCUAAUCCAUCAGUGGGCUCGGGGAGGAGAAUGGGUCUUUGGAAGUCCUCUUUGUACUAUAAUUACAUCUCUGGAUACCUGCAAUCAAUUUGCCUGUACCGCCAUUAUGACUGCAAUGAGUCUAGACAGAUAUAUGGCUCUUGUGCAGCCAUUUCGUCUUACAAGCUUGAGGACAAUAUCAAAGACUAUUCGUGUGAACAUACUUCUGUGGGCGGCAUCUUUUGUUGUUGUGUUCCCUGUCUGGGUCUAUUCCAAGGUCAUUCAGUUCAAAGAUGGAUUGGAAAGCUGUGCAUUUGAUCUUACAACACCUAAUGAUGUUCUUUGGUAUACAUUAUACUUGACAAUCACAACAUUCUUCUUUCCUUUACCACUAAUAGUGGCCUGCUACAUUUUAAUUUUAUGUUACACGUGGGAAAUGUAUCAUCAAAAUAAAACUGCAGGACGUUACAACAACAGCUUACCAAGGCAAAGAGUGUUACGACUGACCAAGAUGGUUCUAGUACUGGUGGGAGUGUUCAUCAUCAGUGCCGCACCCUACCAUGUGAUACAGAUAGUGAACCUUCAGAUUGCUAAACCCACUUUCAUUUUUUAUGUCAGUUAUUAUUGUUCCAUUUGCCUCAGCUAUGCCAGCAGUAGCAUCAAUCCUUUCCUGUAUGUACUGCUCAGUGGAAACUUCCGGAAAAGACUUUCUGAAUGUACAAAAACCAAAAUGAAAAUAUCAGAACGUGAGCUGAACAAUUUUGAUAACACUUUGAAAUCCAGCUUUUAAUUAUUUUUUUCUUGUGUAGGUAUAAUUUGCAUUUAAUGUUUAACAUGUUGGGUGAAUAUCGAUGAGUACAACAUGUCUGCAAU